AUGUCGGGCUGGAGAUGUCUCAACGUGGGUGUGGUCGGUGGCGGUAUUGGAGGCAUGUCCGUUGCGCUCGCCCUCCGCCGCGCAGGACAUGAUGUGACCAUCUACGAGAAGUCUGACUUCGCAGGUGAAGUCGGUGCUUCGGUCUCAUGUGCCGCCAACGGAACCCGAUGGCUUCACGAGUGGAAGGUGGAUAUCGCCAAAGGCGAUCCAGUGGUGUUGAAGAAGCUUAUCAACCGAGACUGGAAGACGGGCGAGCCUGUCAGUGUAUACGAUUUGGAAGAUUACGAAAAGCGCUGGGGAUAUGUCUAUAACAUGUUCCACCGGCAGUAUAUGCAUGCCAUGCUGAAGGACUCAGCAAUGGGCGAGGGCGAGGGUGCUCCAGCAAUCCUUAAGGUUAACCAUAAGUGCCGUGAUAUUGACACCGAGAGCGGCAAAAUCACAUUCGAGAACGGAAACACCGCACAACACGAUCUCAUUAUUGGCGCCGACGGUAUCGGCUCAGCAGUCCGAGGAAUCCUCGGCAUUACACCAGCGAAGCGGCCUUCCGACCAGAGCUGCCUACACACAAACGUGAAUACCGAAGACGCAGUCAGACUUGGCCUAGUCAACUACUCCGAGAACAGCGCACUCGAAUACUGGGGAGGCCAAGAAGGCAAAUGGGACAAGAUCGUGCUGUCCCCUUGCAACGGCGGCAAGCUUCUCUCAUACUACUGCUUCUUCCCCCGCGAACAAGGCGACUACUCAACACAGGCAUGGGCAGCCGACGAGCGACCCGUCGAGGAACUCCUCAACCCAUACCCGCAGCUCGACCGACAAGUCUUCGAGCACCUCAAGAUCGGAACUGAGAUCAAGCCAUGGCGCCUCUGGGUCCAUGACCCGUACCCUUAUCUCCAGCGUGGAAACACCUGUUUACUGGGUGAUGCAGGACACCCGAUGAUGCCGCAUCAAAGCCAGGGUGCCUGCAUGGCUAUUGAAGACGCAGCCGCGCUUGGAAUCCUGUUUAGGAAGGAAUACUUCCACGGCGAUAUUGCCCAGGCUCUCUCUGUAUACGAGGAGGUGCGUCUGCCUCGCGUGACGCGAGUGCAGGCAGCAGCAGCGAAGGCGGCUUAUAACAUCAACGAGCGAAUCGGUGAGUGGCGCGUGCCGGAAUGCAAGGAAGCAUACACUGACAAAUCAGGGUUCUCUGUGAACAAAGAUACUCCCACCUACAAAGUCGAAGAUGCGAAGAAGGUUCUCACUAUCGAAGAGAUGAACGCAUAUGACAUGUACCGAGACAUUGAAGAAAAGCUCGCCGCAAAGCGCGGGUCAGCUUGGGCCGAGAAGUUCGUGUGCGGAUUGCCCAUCGGCCUCGAGCUACCGAACGGGGUCACUGUCGGCACAGUGGGUACUGUCGGCGCAUAA